AUGCCGGCAGCGCGCGUAGAGUACAUCGCACCCUGGUGGGUGGUGUGGCUGCACAGCGUCCCGCACCUGGGGCUGCGCUUGCAGCCGGUGGACAGCACCUUCCGUCCCGGCGACCCGAGUUACCAGGAGUCCCUGCUGUUCCUGGGGCUGCUGGCUGCCGUGGGCCUGGGGCUGAAUCUUGCCUUCCUUGCCACUUACCUGGUGUGUACUUGCUGCUGCCAGCAAGACCAUGGGGUGCAGAGCAAGCAGCGAGGCUCCUGCUGCAUCACCUGGAUGGCGGUGGUGGCCGGGCUCUUCUGCUGUGCUGCGGUGGGCGUCGGUUUCUAUGGAAACAGCGAGACCAAUGAUGGGAUGUACCAGCUGAUUUAUUCCUUGGACAACGCUAACCACACCUUUUCUGGGAUCGAUGAGCUGGUGUCUGGAAACACUCACAAGAUGAAGGAGGAGCUGGAGCAGCACCUUGACCGGCUCAGUGAGAUCUUUGCUGCCCGGGGUGACCACAUCCAGACCCUGAAGUUCGUGCAACAGAUGGCUGGCAAUAUCAUUGUACAGCUUUCAGGGCUGCCAGUGUGGACAGAGGUCACCACAAAGCUCACCGAGAUCUCGGACCAGACCAGCUUUGUGGAACACUACAGGUGGCUGUCUUACCUCCUGCUCUUCAUCUUAGACCUGGUCAUCUGCCUUGUCACCUGCCUGGGACUGGCUAAGCGCUCCCGGUGUCUCCUGGCCUCGACGCUGUGCUGCGGGGUGCUGACACUGCUCCUCAGCUGGGCUUCCCUGGCCGCCGACACUGCUGCUGCUGUGAGCACCAGCGACUUCUGCAUGGCUCCUGACGCCUUCAUUCUGAACGCCACGCAGGACCAGAUCGGCACAGAAGUGAUCAACUACUACCUGCACUGUGGUCAGAGCGUCAGCAGCCCCUUCCAGCAGACACUGACCAUCUUCCAGCGCUCACUGAGCGCCAUGCAGAUCCAGAUCACAGGACUGCUGCAGUUCGCCCUGCCCCUCUUCCCCACGGCAGAGAUGGAUCUCCUUGGGAUCCAGCUCCUCCUGAACUCAUCUGAGACCAGCCUUCACCAGCUCAUGGCCAUGCUGGACUGCCGAGGCCUGCACAAGGACUACCUGGACGCCCUGACCGGGGUCUGCUACGACGGCAUCGAGGGCCUGCUCUUCCUUGGCCUCUUCUCCAUGCUGGCUGCCCUGGCCUUCUCCACCCUCAUCUGUGCAGGGCCGAGGGCCUGGAAGCACUUUGCCGCUCGGGACAGAGCCUACGACGACAUGGAUGAUGAUGACCCCUUUAAUCCCCAAGCACGGCGCAUCGCGGCCCACAAUCCCCCGCGGGGACAGCUCCACAGCUUCUGCAGCUACAGCAGUGGCCUGGGCAGUCAGAGCAGCCUGCAUCCGCCUGCCCAGACCAUCUCCAAUGCCCCGGUCUCCGAGUACAUGAACCAGGCCAUGCUCUUCGGUGGGAACCCACGCUACGAGAACCUUCCACUCAUUGGGAGAGGCUCUCCUCCACCCACCUACUCCCCCAGCAUGAGGCCCACCUACAUGUCCGUGGCCGAUGAGCACCUGAGACACUACGAAUUUCCAUCCUAGUGGACUUUUGGGACUUCUUGGGGGCCGGUCUCUGCCUCCUCCUUCCGGUUUGGUUUUUAAUGAAUGCAAACAUAAGCUGCAUUUCUUUACUGGAAACCAAAGGCACGUUUACACUGACAGGUUCCUGGGGCCACAGAGGUGCUUUGGGGACCCCUGACCAAAGCUCCUGAUGCGCCUGGCCUCCCUCCUGCCCCGCUCCCUCAUCCCAGAACAGUUAGGGCCUGGCUAAAGGCCCUGAGCCAGCUGUGCUCGUCAGUCACCCCUAUGUCAGAUCCACCCAGAUGGGGAGGGGCAGGAGGAAGGGGUCACCUCAGACACAGCCACCACCACCCUGAGCACUCAGACACCAGGAUGGACCUUCAUUCAGCUCAGGCAGCCACUUUCCUGGCACCUCGGUCUCCGUUUCCCAGCAGGAAACAGCGGAGGGCUGGUCGGGAGGUAGGAGUGUAGAAGUGGCAUCCUGAUGAGUCCAGAGCAUGAUGGAAUAUGAAUCUCGGGCUUGUGGCCCAGAGGGCCAGCAUCAGGAUUACUGUAUCCUUAGGUGGCUGGGGGCUGGCCACGCACCAUUGCUCGCCAGCCAUCCAGAGGCAUUCUCCUGUGCUCUACCAUCUCUAACCUCGGCUGUUCACCUCCAUUCCUGAAAGGAUGCUGGAAGCCGGUGUCACUUAGGACUGGUCUCAGGUAUGAGCAGACUCUUUGCAAAGCACUUAAUGCUCUUUCCCAGUGUUUUUAACACGUCGAUGCUCCAAAGGAUGGCGACUCAUAAUAAAUACAUCCAUUUUCUGAGAGUAGAUAUAGGGCUUGCUUCUCACAUCUGGCUUUUAUACCACAGCUUUGCAGAA